AUGCGGACGCUUUCCAGGACGAAAAGGACCGAGCCCACAGAGACCACUGCCAAACCCUUCCCAUUCGAAAGACUGCCGUCUGAGCUGCGACUUCAGAUCUACCGCAAGCUCCUCGUACGACCCGAACCUAUCGAUCUCUGGCCCCAUAUCAGGUACAACAUGAUGUACAACUGCAACCUUCAACGCGCAACGGUUAUGCGCGAAUACCAGUCCACAAACAGACCUCGCGUUGCACUCCUACGUGUUAGUAAACUCAUCCACGAAGAGGCAAGCGAAGUCUUUUAUGGCGAGAAUGAGUGGCGUUUCAGCGGGAUCAACGGGUGGAUGGUGAUGAGCUGCUGGUUGAACACCAUUCAAUUCCGACACUUCCGGUUCCUGAAGACAGUGACGGUACAUGUGCCAUUCCUUGGCAAAGAUUAUGUCGCAUUUCCCACGUAUGGAACGGUUGAUUUCCACGAGCGCAUAUGUGCUCCCCACCCCAGGUUUUCCAUUUCUCGCGGUGAACGACACCGCGUUGCAGACCAAACGAUGUACUUUCGCGCCCGUCUCAGACGAUUCGGUUUCUCUGUCCCUACAAACUGGUCGCACAAUGAGUCACUCCAAGACUGUUUGAACAAACUAAAAACCACGGCACUCUGUCAUUUCACGCUCCAGUACCUCGACAAUUUUCAAAAUACAUUGAUGAUCCAUCGCGAGGCGGAACACCUUCGCGCCCCGAAAUUCAGUUUUGUCUUCCUCAAGCACAGAAGCUAUGGGAUGGAUGAUGAAUCACGCGGCAUCAUGAGGCCGUUGCAGCCGUGGUUGAGGCGAUAUACAGGGGAAUGCAAGAAGAUGGUGGAGCUUGUCAAGAAAAGGGAGUGGGAGAUUGGGUAUGGGAUUGUUCAUGCAAAGGGAGGGUGGAGUGUGAUAAGCAGAGAUGAGUGCGAAGUGAUAUGUGGAGAUAGGGCGCUGGAGAGGGAAGAGAGGGAUGAGAAUGACUGGAUAAACUACUAA